CUCACCGAAACACGUCCGUAUUUGAAUCCGUCUCGUUGACUUGCGAUCCAAGACUCUCGUCAAGAAAGUGGAGAGCACCACUUCAGAAGCUUUUCCAAGCUGCACAUCAUGGAAGCUCAAUCCACAAGUUUCACCCGAUCCUCCAGUUUCUCCAUCGAUAACAUUCUUAGCAGCAAGGGUGAAGAAUCUCAAACAAAUUUAAAACUUGAACUUCCAGUUAACGCGAGCGAGAGUGUACGGCGAGGUUUUCAGAUGUGUCCUCCAUUCCUUUACGGCGGCAUGAAUACAUGGCAGCAAUAUCAACCACAUGUUUGCCCUCCAUUCGAAAGAUCACGGAAAACGACCGUCCCACAACAGGAGGGCAGCUCAAGAGAGCGACGACGAUGCCGAGAUCCGUCCAAGAAGCGUAAAAGAACGGCUUUUACCACAACACAAGUUAAAGAACUUGAAGACGAAUUUCGCAGGAGCAAAUAUUUGACCAUUUCUCGUCGAACAGAGCUUUCAAAAUCUCUCAAGCUGACUGAAACACAAAUCAAAAUCUGGUUUCAAAAUCGCCGAACGAAAUGGAAAAGAAAAAUAGCAGCAGAAGUGGAAUUUAGUGUAAGAUCAUCCGGGAACGUGUAUGGUCCCCAUCAUCCGGGAAUUCAUCAUUGUAACCAGCACUGUCACCCUGGUAACAACACGCCGUAUAAUUACUGUCAGUCAGGUUUCUCGGCGGUUUUCUGCCAUCCUCAGUUGUCUUACCCAUCAGUGCAUGCUCCUCACACAGGAUUUUAGCCAACGAUAGAACACCAAAUGACAAAGAGUUUGCAUCUCCGAGCUGGAGGGAUAUAAUUGGACAGAUCCCUUUCAUAAAACCUUCACCAAUUUAGUGGGAAUUGAGUCGCAAGUUUAUUUUUUUUCAGUCCAUUAAUUACUGCGGAUGGAGACUUUUAAACGCGUCACUUGGAUAUCACUAUGGUAACUGAUGCAAUCUACGUGUUCAUACGGGACCACUGUUGCUAGUUGAUUCAUUCGGAGCAGACGAACAACGAUUUAAAUUGUAAUCUACACUAUUGAACAAAAACAAAUUCCCUCGGCAAUUGAAAGAAAACAAGCUCUGUGUAUUAUUUGAACAAACAAGAAUAAAGAAAAACCUCAAGAGACA